GCUGGUAGAGAACGACACUGGAACUGGAAGACGGUGAGGACGGCAAGGGGGACUGCGGCGAGGAGAAUAGGGGGAGACGGCACGGAAGAAAUUGGGGACUGAGGCGGGACUGGACUGGGGGCUUACAGCGAGAAUUACAGCGAGGAUUACAGCGAGAUAUCAAAUUACAGAGAGGAUUACCGCUAGUCAAAUUUUCUGGUUAUAAAGGUACUAAUGGACCAUGUGUCAUUGACAUUCUGGCAUGGGGGCUUAUUCAGAAAACAAGACAAUGAAUUAGUUUAUUUGAAUGGGAACAGUAGAACCUUUGAGGUAGACCCUGAUGAACUUUGUUGGUUUUGGUUGGAGGAAUUGGCAAAAAAGUGCGGCACUUAUAAUAUAAUUGAUGAAAUAUUUUAUCUCAUUCCUGGGCUUACGUUUGAUAAGGGGCUAAGAAGAGUUUACAAUGAUAAAGAGGUCUUAGAGAUGACAGAGAUAUUGAUGAGGUUUAAAUCCUUGGACUGUUAUGUGUUGCAUGGCAUUGAUAAAGAAGAUUUAGUGUUGUUGUUACCCUCACCCCUAGCCACAGAAAUAUCUACACAACCAACAAUUGAUGGUGCUCCAGCUUUCGAUGGUGGUGAGGGUGAACGAGAUUGUGAUUCUUCUAGAGUGGGUGCUGAAAAUGUGGUUCAAAAUGAUGAUGAUGAUGAUGAGCAAGGUUCUAUUGCGGAUCUUGAAGAUGAUGAAGAAGAUGAACCAAGUAACUAUUUUUUUGAGGGAGACGAUGAAUACUUGACUGGUGAUGAUAUAAGUGAUGAUGAAUAUAGAACAGCCAAGGAAAGGGUAAAAGACUGCAAUAGCAUGUUGUUUGAACUUGCACAACAACUUCAGAAGGAAGCGGCAGAAGGUAAGCUCGGUUUUCAGACUGAACCACCUAAUUGUAGUGCAGAAACAAACAUACCGAACGUAGAGGAAGGAUGCUUCAGUGACUAUGAAGGUAGUGAGGAGGAAAUCAAUACUCCUCCUGAUACAUGUGAUGAAGACUUAACUGAAAAUAGAAAGAAAAGAACUUGUGAUUUAGUGCCUACAAAUACUGACUUCUCGGUGUUUGAGUGGAAGGUCGGACAAAGGUUUGCUACUCGGGAGGAUUUUAAGAAGGCUGUAACUAAAUAUGCCAUCUUGCAAGGUCGGAAUCUCACUUUUGUCGCGAGUAACAAAAAGAGACAACAAAGAUUAGGGGUCAGAUGUGUACAAGAUUGUCCAUUCAGGUUGUACUCAUCUUGGGAUUCUCGGAGAGCAACAUUCUCAGUGAAGACAGUUCAAAAGAAGCAUAAGUGUCAUCGUAAUAUGAAAAAGAACAAACAACUAAAGUCAACUUGGGUUUCUCAACAAUUUCUUGACGUUUUCAAGGCAAGACCACACUGGCCAGCUAAGGAAAUCAUUGAGACAGUAAAGAGGGCUUACAAAGUUGUCAUUAAAAGGGAUUUUGCAUAUAAAGUUAAAUACAAUGCACACAAGUUGCUCCAUGGAUCGAUGAAGGACCACUACAAGAAGGUUGGGAGAUAUUUGGAAGCUUUGAAAAUAUCAAGUCCUAGGACUGAAUUGCAGUUGGUUACUCUUCCCAAUAACAACAAUUUGACCCCAAUAUUCCAAAGAUUGUUCAUUUGCUUUGAAGGUCUUCAAAAUGGAUGGAAGGAAGGGUGCAGAAAAGUGAUAUGUGUUGAUGCUUGUUUUUUAAAAACCUUUCUUGGUGGACAAUUGAUGUGUGCUGUGGGUAGAGAUGGUAAUGAACAAAUGUAUCCCAUAGCAUGGGCAGUUGUUGAAGGAGAGAACAAUCUUUCAUGGGAGUGGUUUUUUAUCAACCUUCAAAAAUGCCUUGCCCUAGGAGAUGGUGAUGACAUAGCUAUAAUUUCUGAUGAACACCAGGUACAUAUAUCAAUUAUGAUUUAUCAAGUGUAAACUGCAACAUAUAUGUAUAACAAGUAUAUAAAUAAACUGUUUAUUAAGUUUAUGACUUCAUGAUGUUUAAACUGUUUAUUAAUACAUUUUCAGAUUUUUUAG